AGAAGGGAGGAGAGCCUUAGUGCAAACAACUUAGUGAAAACUCCCACUGCAGGCAUCACUUCUAUGUGAGCUGAGAGGGCUACAGAGAGCGACAGAGACUGCAAAAGUCAAGCUUUCUUUUUUACAAAGACUUCUAAUUCACUACAUACAUCUGAACGUUUAUCCAUAGGAGGCCUGAAGAUGAGUCUUCUUCUCUUUGGUGUAACUGCCCUCCAUAUCAUCAUCUUGAUCAUUCUCUUUGUUGCCACCCUUGACAACUCAUGGUGGGUGCUUCCAGAAGAUGGUACAUUGAACUUGUGGCAUGACUGCAUUUAUAACAACAGCUCGGAGAGCUGGGUGUGCUCCACAGUGUCUGCUAGCGAAUGGUUCCAUGCUGUGCAGGCUCUCAUGGUGCUCUCAGUCCUCUUCUCCAGCUUGUCCUUCAUGCUGUUCAUGUGCCAGCUCUACACCAUGGAACGAGGAGGACUUUUUUAUGCAACUGGCAUCUUUCAGAUUCUUGCAAGUCUUGCAGUCUUCUCUGGGGCAGUGAUCUAUGCAAUACACGUGAAGGAAUUUAACAAAACCAAGGGAGAAGGAGGCUCUUUUGGCCACUGUUUUAUACUGGCUUGGAUAGCUUUUCCUCUCAGCAUGCUGAGCGGAAUCAUGUACAUUCACCUAAGAAAACGGGACUAACAGAGAGAACAUGAUCCUCUUUCCACAUAUCAGGACACCUGAAGAAAGCACUGUGGUCAGACUCUCUGGGAUUCAUAACUGCUUUUUGGGUUUGAACAGCAUCACCCUGCCCUGAAAACAUGUGACCAAUUGCAUUGUAAAUAUCAAAACCGUCCUCAUCAUUAUCCAAUCUAAGGCUCUCAAUGCUCCCGAAAAUAAUUGGCACAUAUUACGACAUAUGAUUCGUCUCAGAAUGGAUUUUAUGGAUAUAACACAUAAAUGCCAACUUUUUAACAUGGCAGCCGUCACUUUGGCAAUGAUUGCAAUGCAGCGGUUUUAUUUUCCAUAUAUAGCUUCUUGCAUGUGGAGAACAUGCUUUGUUGGCAUGUUUGCAUUCCAACAUGCCCUCAGGAAAGGAGUCUUGUUGGAAACAAAUCAUGAAGAUAAUUAAUAAAUGUCAAGCUCCCCAACAGCGCCCCUAGGUGGCACAUAAAGUGAGGAGGGUCAAAAAUAAUUGCUGUGCACAUGAUCUUGGAAAUAAUAUUAACAAUAUUCUAGUGAAGGCAAUAGUGUUAUUUCAUAAAGGAGACUAUUAUAUCUAGCUAAGUUUAUCUUCUAUAGUAUCAGUGUAAAGAAUGGAAGUUUAGUUCUCCGCCUUGCUAUUGUCAUGGAAAUAGCAAAACAAAAAAUUGACCACACUAUGUUUACAUUUUGUGUAUAGCAUCCACUCUAAUUCCAGAUCCAAAAAGUUGCUGUGUUUGCUGAGGCGCUAAAAAGAUUUUAGCGGAAUUUAAAAAAAAAAAAUUCACAGGGACACUAUUAGUUUGAAAGCGACAGUUUUUCUUCUAAUAAAAAACUAGAGGUCAAUGCAAUCUUCUGUACAAUAUUAUUUUGAAUGUAAAAGAAUCCACAAGUAAAUAGCACAUAGUUAUGGAAACAUUAUAGUAUUAAAGAAUACCAGUGUUACUCGAAAGCGGGCCAUACAUCAGCGCUGCAAUUCCUCGAUCUGAUUCGCUGAUCAGGUGGGAAUUGAUGAUCAAUGAUCCAAUGGGGAAAUUCUGCAUUUAAAAAAUUUCCUGAUUUACUGAUCCCAAUACAUUUUUCGAUCAGGUUUGACAAAUUGGGGGAAUGCAACAUUUUGUAUUUCCCUGAUCCCCCAAACCAGGCAUCUGGGGAUCAGGGAAUUGAGGCAAUCAGUCUUAGAUGUAUGGGUCCUUUAAUUUGUAAUGUAAUACGUUUAACAUAAGAUUCUAUUUUGCUCCUUUAUAUAUUGUUCAUUAGUAUCAUAAAUACAAGCACUACUUUGGGCUCUUUUUGUCUGCUGCUUAGAAUAACAAAAUUACUUAUACUAUCCAGCCAACUAGUGGCUUUUCCAAUGGACAUUUCCUCGCAUAGGUUUAAUUUCAUACAAAUAAUAAUAGUAACAUGUUCUGUAAGUGUAACAAAUAGUUUUUCUGUAUUCUUAGAAAAAACAACCCCGACAGUAUAUGGGCUUUUUGUCCUUUGUGUGCUAAUGUUCGGUUUGCUAGGUCAGCCAAUGAAAUUGUUAAUGUACAUAUACAGUAUACAUGAUGCACUAUUGCAGGCAUGUCUAAACUGCGGCCCUCCAGCUGUUGAGAAACUACACAUCCCAGCAUGCCAUGACACAGCUUUAGCAUUCUCUGACAGCAAAACUGUGUCAGGGCAUGCUGGGAUAUGUAGUUUCACAACAGCUGGGGGGCCGCAGUUUGGACAUGCCUGCACUAUUGCAUUAAACCUAAUUCAGUUGUAUGUAUAAGUGCUGAUUAUAUUUGUUACUUUGUAGGUAUGUAAUGUUUAUUUCAUAUAUAUGAAAAAUAGUAAAUAAGAACUAGGGAUGUAUUCAAUAUAUUUUUCCACAAAACAAAGUAUUAAGUGUUAUUUUCUACAUGAAUGAAUAUGUCGUUUUCCAAAGAAUGUUGUGUGCUAGUGAAAACUGGAGUACAAACAACAUCCUAUUAUUAUAAGUGGGUGCAAAGUUAUUGCUUCUUUGACUUUUCUUGCAAAAUUCAAAACCUCUGCAAAAAAUUCCAAUAGCCAAAUGAAUUAAAGCUUUGUUUUACCAAGUCGGAGUUAAGACCAUAUUUGAACGUAACUGUGUUUGUUGCUCAAUAAAUUGGCUCGCUUGAAAAGCUGUGAAA